UACUUUAACGAGAUUUUUUGAGAAGGGAAAUAGUAAAAAGACACCGCCAUCUGACACGUUUGGUUAUCCGGAGAUUCGGUCCGACAAGCUACGAGUAACUUUGCGCGAACAUGCGAUUGUACUACUGGAUGUGCUGAUCGAAGCGAUUGAUAUCAAUGAUUACAAUAAGCUUACUCUCUCUCUGCAGGCAUGUUACAUUCUUCGCUUUAAGCUUUUCACCAAAUGA